GAACUAGUGGACAAAAGUUAGUUAAUCAUACAUUCAACAAACAAAAACUCGAAGUUUGGUGGAGAAAUAAAAAACGUCCAGUGAUUUACUUUGAAUUCAAUUAAUUAAAUGAAAAACGGUCCACGGUUGAAACAUUUAAGGGAUUAACUGUUGAUUCAACUAGCUCGUUAAAUCAACGUUCGUCACUAAUAGAAGUCGCGAUCUGUCACACAAAUCAAAACAUUUUGUUUUGAGGUUAUAUGAAAAAUACGUAAUAAAUGUAAAUACGACUUCACUACGAAAAUAAAUAGUUGACAUAGUUAGUCCAAAAGAUGGCAACAAAUUAUACUAAAUAUUCUCAAUUAAUUAAUGCAACUACAAAUUACGCGCGACGGAUGAAGCAUUUGUCGAACAGGAUUUUCGGAGAGGUCGCGACUCCAACAAAUUCAAAGUCUAUGAAGGUGGUGAAAAUUUUUUCAGCACGUCCACUUCACACCAAUGAGGAGAUUAUACAUUACUACCCGCGCCAUGUAGAGACAGGUAAAUUAAUGAUGAAACUACGUAGUUACGGCUUGUUUAGAGAUGAACAUCAAGACUUCAAGGAGGAAAUGAAGAGACUACGGGAGCUCCGAGGGAAAGUGAAGGUGUGGAGGAGGUUGCAAAACAAGGAGAAGACGGAGUGACCUCCUGCCAAGUUAAUGUGAGACAAACUUUUUAGUAAUCAUGCUCCAAAUAGGCGAUAGAAAUGUGUUAAAACUGUGUUCGUACAUAUAAAUAAAACAAGUUGUUACAAA